UUUUGCCCUCAGUACCUGAUCCUGGAUCAGCUUGAACAAUUUAUACUAAAUGGUUGGGGAUACGAUCGGGGUUUGGCAAGCUGUUCUUAGGUCUGCUGUCUAGGGCAGAAAUUACUCCGAGCGGCUAACUUAGACGAGCUUCAAGCGGCAAGAACGAACCUAAAACAUGGAGCCUAGUUCCACAAUUCUCCGGGUGAAAAGAAAGCGGGGUACGGACCCUGCCGAUGCGCUUUUGCUGGCCUGUAAACGGAUCCGACCGGAGCCGACAGCACAGCCAGCGGGCGAACCUGCACCAGAGCCCGUCGAUGGGGAAAUCGAGAACACGGUCUUUAAACUCGUCGCAACUGUGGCAUCGCAGGAUGCUCCGGUACAGACACACGUCCGCGAGGCCCUAACACGCCCGCGAGUCGCCCACGCCCUGCGCCCGUCCGUUGGCAGCUCCCAGAGGAUCAUGGGGGAUCUGCGCAGCGCCAAGUGGACCGCCAGGCGGGAGGAGCGGUACCGGAUCCUGUCCAGCCAGCGGGCCGGGCUCCGCCUGGACUCCGGGGGCCGGGAGAGGGGGGAGAAGAGGAAGGAGGCCCGGGGGAAUGGACAGACAGACACCUGUGAUGAGUCCAUCCUCCAUGAUGUGCAGGUGUUCGACAUCGUGCAGGAGGAAGAGGAGGAGAAAACCUCUAUCCCGUCUGUGACCUCUGACCCGGAAACGAUCCUGUGUAACUCGGUGAAGCUGAUCCGAGAGAAGCUGAGCGUGUCGGGGGAUGGCGUGGGCUCCGAGCACAGGGAGAAGGAGGACGACUACGUGUAUGACCUUUACUACCAGGAGACUGUGACCCCCGGCUGGAUCCAGGACAUCCUGUCUGUCAGACCCUACAUGCAGGAGUGUGAGCUGGUGCCAGACGAGGACCCCAGAGAGGAAGAGGUGUACGAGGAUGAGGAUGAUGAGAACGAGGAAGGGAACUGGAGGAACGAUUACCCAGACGAGGAAGGCAGCGAGGAGGACGAGGAUUGGGAGGAACGCUACCUAGGGUACCGGGAGGACGAGCAGGGCUUUCCUCGGAGGACAUGGGAGAGGUACCAAAGAGACGUCAUGAGGGAGUACGGCGAGGAUGAUGAUGACAAUGAUGAAGAAGCUGGGGGUUUCAAUUCAGACUGACAGUUUGGCAUGUUGCUAGUGGAAAUUGUGAGACCACCAGGUCUGCAGGGGACAAAUUUAGCCCCUGUGUGUGUGUGUGUGUGUGUGUGUGUGUGUGUGUGUGUGUGUACGUGCUUAGAUCGAGGUUAUUUCACCAUGUGUAAAUGUUGAAUGUGUGUGCGUGCAUCUUAGUGUAAAGUGAAUUUGUGUGGACUGAGUUUGAUUCUGUAUGCAUAUGUGUAGGUGUGAAGUAUUUCUUUGUGUGUGUGUUGUGUUGAGUUCAAACAUAAUACCAGGCUUCCUGGGAAAGGUUGUAAUUGGUUGUGCUUGAGUGACAAAUGCUCUGAUUGGCUGUGUGGUGGCUGAAGGGGGUUAAA